CCGUUUGAUUAUGAAGAGAUGUUUGAAAACAAAUGGCUUUCGAAGAUAGUCUAAAAUGAACGAAUAUUGCUUUUCUUUGUUCGACCAAAGGUGUGAUCUUCGUUUGUGUUAAAUGUUUUUUUGUAAUUCUUAAGUUGGCCGUAGUUUAUAAUAUUGUUUGUCCCUGAUUUAUGGGAAAUCGUAUUAUUUCCUAUCGUACCCAUGUGAGAUUUUAUGCUGAAACUGGUGAAAUAUUAAUUAUAAUUGAUGAUAUUGGACCAAUGAUAGACCCAAAGUGACUCUAAACCAACAUUUUUGCCUAAUAAUAUGAAGUUUAGAGGACCGUUUAGAGCUGUAAUAGAGUAGAAACUCCCUAAUUUUAGUGCAAUGAAUUAAAAACUUCCUACUAAGCUACUAUUUAACCACUACUAUUUAUUUAGCCUACCAGAUGCUGAUGGAACUACAUUAAUCAUUAAAUUACUCAAUUUAAAACACUUCAUUCUUCAAAUUCUAUGUAGGUAAAGCAAGGGAGACUACUAAAAUUUUGUAUGGGAAAUGUGCGUUGACGUGCGAAAAUCCAAGUUUUUAAUUUUUUUGAUGUUGGUGCUAUUUCAUUCAUAAAAUAAUUAACUAUAUUAUAUCAAGUAUAUCCCACAAUUGGGUAAUCCCAAAGAGAAUGCGCCAUGACGUAUCACACGGCCGCCGUCUUGGUUGACCCAACCCGUGAAUUUUCACGGGUCAUGGCAACCAAGAUGGCGGCCGUGUAAAAUUAAUUUACAUUUGCUAAAAUGAGGAGUAAUAAAAUAUUAAACAUUAAUGAUGAAAAAAUGUAUCCCUAAACCUAACCUGAACCCUAAAUCUUUCCCUAAACCUAAGCUAAAGCCGCAAUUAAAAAACAUGUGGCAUCACUACACAUUGUGGCAAGAAAACUGUGAAAAUGAACAAAAACAAUAAAAAUGGCCAAAAAUAAUUAUAAAAUAAAGAAAUAAUGAAAAACCCAACUUAUAGUUUCGUAGAAUACACUUUUACAUACUUUAUGUCAGAUUCCACGGAAAAGAAUAUCCAGAAAAUGAAUAAAACACAGUCAAUUCGUUUCAAAGAGGGCGGAACAAAUAAAAUAUUAGAAAUAGCCCACCAAUGGAAUUUUAAAAUUAUGAUAAAUUAACCACUAAAAAAUUUAAACAUGCCAUCGUCAUAUUAAGGAACAUGUAACUCUAUUAACAAAAAAAUAAGGGGAAUGAAUCCAAAACAGAAACUUUACAAAAAAGCGUAAAUGACGUCAUGGCUUUCUCUGUGCUUUUACUAAAUAACAAUUGUUUUCCUUUUCCGGCCUUUCGACUUUAGAGGACAUCUUGGCAUACAGUUUAAUCGAUUUCUUGUUCAUUUACGAUCAGUCAACUUUGAGAAAAUCCUGGGUGAAUAUAAGGCAACUUUCAUCAUUAAGAUUAAGUCGCAGUAAAAGAUAUGGCAUUGCCAUAUGCCAUAUGUUUUAUGCAUAUUGGGCAUGUAUUAAUCUACAUUUUAUGCCAAAUUUCACAGCGCUAUGUGUUUAACCAGAGACGCCAUGUUUCCACGCAUUCGCAGCAUGUUAUGCUGUUAGCUUAUCCCAAUUUCGAUGGAUGUGACCACACACCCUUUUUAAUAGCAGAAGAUGCAGAUAAAUUGAGAAAUAUUCUAUUAUUAUAACUAUUUAUAUCAAAAUAUUUGGAUAACUUAUGUUUUAGAGUGAACUUGGAAGGCAUUUAAAAGCCAAAAUAUCCUAAUUUAAGGUUUAAAAACCUGGUAGAGUCCAUAUUAUAAAUGAUCAUAAUUGGCAGUGUGAAAAACGUUGCAUUGGUCAACCAUUCACAGCCACUUGCAUAAUAGCUAUACCGUAGUACUUUCUCUGAGUUUCAUUCAUAAGAGUUUGCCGUGAAAAAACUAUUAAAUCAUUAGUCAGGGAAAGCUUUAAUUAAUUUUUCAUGUGCCAAAGUAAUAAGGGGAUGCGUUGCCUUAUAUUAACUAUAUAGUCAUUGCGCAUGACGCAAUGAGCGGCAUGACGCAAUGAGCGGAAUGAGGUCACAAGAUGUGGAGGUUUCGUCCAUAGUAAAAAAAAUAACAAACGAACUCACACUUUAAAAAUUCUUAGCUCAAAAAGUACUAAAGCUAAAAAGUUUAUUCUGGUUUCAUUUUUUAGAUUUAAAAUUGGCUCUAAAUAACUGUAAUGUCAGAAAAAAAAUUUUUGAAUUUUUUUUUAUUGACUGAAAUACCUAUCUUGACUUCAAUGGUUUUUUUGUUAAUAGAAUGAAAAAAAUAAUUUCUUACUCGUUUAAUGUUCGCUUUAAAGGGAUUUUUAUAGUGGUCUAUAAAAUUAUUAAAAAAAUCAGUAAUCUGGCAGUUUAGCAAAUGUGUGGCAAGAUUUAGUCACUUUUCCCAGUCUCAGGCCAAAAGUAGGGACUUUGGUAUUGCCCAGAAACACCUGUAAAAAGGGUAUCAUAAUUUCUUUGUCACAAUGGCAACCUCGAACUUUUAAUUUAGAGAGGGUAGCAUUGUUUCAGAUAUUGUUUGCAGAUUUUAGUUUUGACAGUUUUGUUAUUAAAUUCUACUUCUACCUUCAACUAAAACUAAAAGCAGACUCAUUUGUUGUUCAUUUCAAUUUUUUCUUUAUAAAAUUGAAAAUUGAAGGUAAAUAAUAUCUAACUUUACUCAUUCAUAAUUUUCCUGUAAGUAUUAUACUUUUGUCUUUUUUUAUAAUAAAGUUAUAGGUGUAUAAACAAAGGCAAAACAAGGUCACGAAAUGUGGAGGAAAACCCCAUAUGGAAAAAGUGGUUUUGAGGUCCUUACUAAAAGAUUGAGCCAGAAAGUUGAUCUUUGUGUUUUUGUAUAUCAAUCUCUAGGCUCUAUACAGCUGUAGUAUUUUUAUAUUUUUAAAAAUGUUUUGAAAUUUUCAUUUAAGUGCCCACCAAAAGCAAUAUUCGUAUGGUAAAAGAUGUUAGAACCUCCAGUGUUGCUUCUCUUUUCUAAUGGAUUUCCAUCUUUGUCUAUUUAAAGACAAUCUUUGGCUGAUGCUUGGUUCCUCCCCCUCAAUCCAUUCAGAAUAUACGAAUGAUCCCUUCCGGAUGAAUAUAUGGGGGGAGGUGUCUAGAUAUUUAAGCCUAUAAAAUUAACGCAGCUACAUUUUUGCCACAGUUUCGUAAUGAUAGUGGUGACGGUCAUAUUGUUGCUUUGUGUUUUCAUAAUGAACUCGUUAGACACAGCAGCAGUAAUAUUAGCGUUGUCACCGUGACAUUUUUAGUCCAUCCUGGGCCAUCCUCAUAGUAUGUACGCACUGAGGGGGGAUUUGAGUGGCUUGUUGAAUUUUAAAAUUUUGCGGGGGGGGGGGGGGAGGUGGGGGGUCCUUGGCAGAAAGUACAUACGUUAUUCAAAAAUUCUACAGCAUUCAUCCUGAAAGUCCAAAUAUAGCAUAUUUAUGUUGCAAAUGCUGUAAAUUUAACAUGCAUUUUUUUGUAUCAAUUAUCUAUCAUAAUUUUUUUAAUGAACUCAAUACAUAUACUCAGUUAGUACUAAGUAGUAGCGGUAUUACAAUAUUAUUUAGUCCAAUGUGCUUGUGAGUUUUGACUUACAUUAUGCUGGGGACACCAUUGACUCUAAAAUUUUCGUUUCCCGGCACCUAUGUCAAAUUCAGGUUUUCAGCAGGCUCCCUGUGUUAACAUUCUUACAAGUACACCCGAAAUAGCAAUUACAUUGAGAAAAAAAUAAAAGGUUUGGUGAAAAUUAAUAUAACAUGCAUGUAGGUCACAAUGCAUCAUCUAGUAGCUGCAAACAGUAGUUACUCAAGUGAGUUACUUUUUUAUCCACCACCACUAGAUGUCAUAUUGGAUUAAAAGUUUAAAUAAAAUUCUGAACAUUUUAUAAUAUUUCGUAAUGCCACUGAGCAAGCCACAGCAACCCAUAUAGAAAAAGUGGUGUGGGGCCGGUCGUAAAAAAUGUGUGCAUGAAACAAGUUGGGGGGGGGGGGGGCAUGUUUGAAAAUUAGGCAUUUUUGUGCAUAUGUACCAUAUAGAGGGCUACUUGCAUUUGUUUUCUUCGGCGCUUAAUGACAUAAUUGUGUGACAAUUAUUUCUUAUGGUUGAACUGCGAUUAGGGCAGAAACAGAAAACUAGAGAAUGUAUUCUCAAUCUAAUUUGCACAGGGUUAUUGUCGCCUGAGACAGGCAGAGAUUUUUGCUGCCCACUGUCAUACAAUUAUCGCGCCCCUCUCCCCCAGAAAAAAUUAGAGACUUUUAACUCAUUCCAGUUGGCUGCAACUAAGUGAUAAGUGUAUCCUUCGGGGGGGGUUUUGGCAGAUGCGUCCAAAUACCUCUGGUCAAACCCCCCUACUUUUCUUUUCUCCCUAGUUCACGCAUCCCCAAGAUUUCUAAUGAUAACCUCACUGCAGUAAGAUUUCACAAGCAUUCAGUUUUAAAAAACCCUGAAGUUUUGAUCUUGUUCAUUAUCGAAGUGUGUCUCAAAGCGAGUUAGAUCCAAGUGACAUUUUUUGUGAAAUUUUUAAAAUGGCUUUCCAAUUUCUUCAAUCCCUUAUCAAUGGUAAUACAUGAGGGUUCUGAUAUUGAAGUAAAUGAACUGUGUUCAGAAUCUAGUGAUAGAUUCUGUGAACGAUUCAGUCUUUGAUGAUCCUACUUCUGUGACUAAUAUUAAUAUUAUAUGGACCGAUAUUUUCUGAAUAUGUAGGGAGUUUUGUUGAUAUCCCAAUUGACAGCCUACUUAUUAAUGUGAAGGACAAAUGAUGGAUGAGUUUGUCAUACAAACUAAUUUGUCAACCAGUCUGGCCCUAGGGCAGUGGUCUCAAACUCAGCCCCCCUCGGGCCAUUUGUGGCCCACUACUUGAACAGCAAAGUUUUUUGUUAAUGCGGCAUGGGCGUUCUCCCCAUUCUAUCUAUAAUUUGACCCUCAGCAACAGUUUCAGUAGAACCUCACCGACUAGUGUAAUUCUGAUUUUUAUUAUGUUUUUAUAUUUUUGUAUGUUGAUUGUAUGUUGGUAAGAACCAGUGGCGUAGCUAGGGUUAGUGUCACCCAGUGCAGUAAACUCAUGGUGUCACUCCCCUCCCCCUUUUCAAACUUCCAUGAUGGAUUUCUUCUUGUUAAAAUAAGUCCACAGUACCCGGUACAACAAGGACAAGUCAAAAAAACAUAAAUUGAAGGUCAUUAGAUCAAUUUAUUUAAGAACUGUAACAACGUUAAGUUAUAUUUAUUUUUACAUUAAAUUUACUUUCUUUAAAAUGUUCCUUUCCUGGUCUUCAAAGCUGCAAACCUGUCGAUCACUUGAUCAAAAUCAAUGUCCUUCACCAUAUAACUUUCAAUUGAUAGCAGAGCCAGAUCAGAAAGCCUUGUCUGUCCCAUGGUGGAUCGUCAAUAGUUCUUGAUAAGCCUUAGCAGACCUGUUUACCCUCAAACUCUUAAAAUCGUACAAUAUCAUCACAAAAUCAAUCAAUACAUUAUCUUAAUAGUAAAAUAAACAUCAGUAUAUAUAUAAUGCAUACACCUCAAAAUCCUACAUUGUACGCCAAAAUCGUACGAGUAAACAGGUCUGCCUUAGUUUUGAUAAGCUCCGCUCACAUGAGGCCACAGACACACAGAUCGUAAAAAAUAAUUGAAGGCUUAGUGAGAGUAUUGGAAGAGAUUCUAGGAAGUCCCAUUCAGCUAUGUAUUUCAAAACAUCAAAUACUGACCAAUCCAUGACUUUGUGAAAUUCAAUAUCAGCUGCCUUUAGGUGUCUUCUAAGUCUUGAUAUUUCUUGUAAAAGUUCAUCCUCUGAUAACUCAUCAUAGAAAGAGGUUAAUUUUGGAACAGACGCCUUCUUUAAUUUUAAUGUGGGAGAUCCUCCUCCCCCCCCCCCCUUUUUUUUAAAAAUAAAUUUUUUAUUUUGCUCUUCAAAUGGAGCUGAUUGAUCUUCAGUGCAAUUCUAAGUUCAGGGAGGUGAAUGGAAAAACAGACAAGCAUGGACAAUUUAUGAGAGCAUUGCCCUUCACCUUCACUGAGAUUUUCAGGUUGUUUAAGCAGAUCAUAUGCCUUUUUGAAAACUCUUUCCCACUAUGAACUUUAACGAGUCCAAAUUCAGGGCCAGACUUACUGAUGAACAUCUUCAAGCUAUACUGAGGGUCUCAGUUGCUUCCUCACUCAAGCCAAAGUUGCUCAGCUGUGUAAGAAGAAGCGCUCCCAUAUCCCUGGAAACAAUGAUUAGGAGGAAGAAAGUGAAGCCUAGUUCUUGAGAACCCUUAAUGUUUUUAUUUGUUAUUAAUAAAGGUUGAGCAGAUUUAACAGUUGUACUUUAAUGAAGUUGUAAUCACUUUUUUGUGGAAUACUUUAUGCGGCCCAGUCUCAAUCAGACUACCUCCUGUGGCCCCUGGAUGAUUUGAGUUUGAGACCCCUUCCCUAGGGCUUCUGCCAUAACAUGAACUCCAGUGAAUGCAGAUGACAUCAACAAGUACAUAUACAUAAAUAUCAUGUUUGGCCUUCAUCAAGUUCCAGAUUUAAGAAUUUACUGGUCUUUUGAUAAAAUGUUGAGGGUCCCUGCAAUGGCUGACGUCAUGAGCAGAGACCGAUAUCAAUUGAUUCUUUGCUUUUUUCACGUUAAUGACAGCACAUUGCAACAUGCUGAAUAAAAUUACUGUAACCUGUCAAGCAUCUCUCUCCUUUGCCACACUCCUUUUUUCGAAUGCCACAACUUCUGCUGUACUCUAGCGAUUUUCCAAAAAUACUGAAUUACUACACAUCAUUUGUUUUUGUUUCUUUUCCAUCUAAAUUUAACAUGUUUAUUUUUACACAAAUGAUAAAAUGGUAAAAAUGUCUCAAGCCCUGGUGGACCAUUUAAAACCAGUCCGUGGGUAUACAGCACUGCCUUACAUGUUUAAGUAUAUUACAUUAUGGCUGUAGUUUUAUUGUUUUUUCAAUAUUUAUACACAUUUUUAUAAAUUUAACACACACCAAAAAUGAAAGGCCUUAUAAAAUACUUAGUAAUUAUUUUGUAUCCAUUUACCUAAAUAAGUUCGUGGUUGUUUUGUUCAUCUAAAAAUUAGAUCAAAUUUGUGAAAAUAUAGGCUUUUCUUUUUGCUGUACCUCAUAAAAUUAAAUUAUUCAUUAAUCUGAAAAACUGAAUAGGCCUAGUAUUUAAAACUUAACUAUAAUUUGAUUAAUUUUUUCUUUUACAAAGUAAUGGGGGGGNUGCAAAAUAAUGACAGUAAAAGGUGGCUUGGGAACAAAUUCUAUUUUUUAAUACCGAUAAUAUAUUUUUGUCAUGUUUUUUUUUUUGCAGGCAUGAGUACAUUAAAACCAGUAGGGGUAUUUUGGGACAUAGAAAAUUGUUGUGUCCCGAAAGGCAAAUCAGCAUUGAAGAUCAUAGAAAGAAUUCGAAAGCAAUUCUUUCAUGACUGUAGAGAGGCAGAAUUCAUAUGUGUCUGCGACAUAAAUAAAGAAUCAGAUAACACGAUUAAGGAUUUAAAUGACGGCCAGGUACUUUGCACUGAUAAUCAUUUACUAUUAUAUUUAAGAUAAACAAGCUAACAAUUAGUAUAAUUAAGAUGUUUUGGUAUCUAAACAGUACGGGUAGCAAUAUAUUUUAUAGAGUUAUAAUUGAAACUUGACACUGUUAUUAUUGUUAAGUUAUCAAUGAAUAAAAUUAUGAACUUUUCCUAGAUCAAUGUUGUGCACAUUAAUGCUACUGCCAAGAAUGCUGCAGAUGACAAAAUUCGUCAAAGUUUGCGUAGAUUUUCUGAUUCACAUCCUCCCGGUACUAAAGUCAUUCUCAUCUCUAGUAAGUACUACCUAAUUCACAAAUUUAUAUGUUUCAAGACAGCUGGAGUGUUCAACUAAAAGUAUCAAAACCUUCUAGAGAAUUUCUUUGGAAACCCCUUGAUUUAUAAUUUGAUACUGAUUUCAAGGUAUUUCAAGAAGAAUUGGAACUGUGCUUAUGUUAGUCACAAUCUUUCUUAGAAAUUAGUGCACCUGAAAUAUAAUUGGGAGUAGGAAGUAUUAUAUUUUAAUUAUUAAGGGUAGAAGUUACUUUUUAGACAUACAGCAACAACUAUUUGAAGAAAAAUUCUGUUAUAAAAUUUGUAAAAAAUUUGAUUAUACAUCCCAACCACUUCAUCGUAGAUAUCAGCUCGAUCAUGACAAAUUCUUUUACUUAAAGUUAGGAUCAGGACCCAAAGAUAUAAAAAUUCUUCUGUUCCCCAGUCUGUAUGAAUUUAUCAAAGUGCUCCCCCAGUGAUUACCAAAUCUAAGUGAUCACUAAUUAAGUCAUUAUUGUCAAUAAAGGAGUUUCCUUAUGGCUAAUUUCUAAGCUAGAGAAAUACUUAAGAUGUCUUGUUUUUUAAUUGUUAUUAUUGUAAAAUGUUUUCUUGGUUUAAAUAUGUACAAAAAACAUUUCCAUUUAUUUGGAUCAACAUAGAAUAUUAUCUUAACAUAAAAUCUUUUACUUCUUGACUCGAGUUUAUUGCAUUUUUAGUUAAAUUUUUUACCUUUAAUGUCUCUAUUUGUCAAUUUGGAUGUUUGGACACAUUUAGUAGUACAUAUUCAUGGUUCCACAUAUCACCAUGUUGUGGAGGUGUAUUUAUGUUGUUUUGAAUGAAACCCAAAUUAUAUAUAUCAACUGUGUAGCCAUAUUAUUUGUACUUUUCCUUUUUAACCAUUCCAAUCUAAAAAUUAAGCUUGUCAUUUGCCUAGGUGAUGUUAACUUUGCCUCAGACCUGUCAGAUCUACAGCACAGAAAGAAGUUUGAUGUGGUGCUGGUACAUAAAGCACAAGUCAGCGAGGCCUUGUUAGCAUGUGCUACAGAGCAUUACCUGUAUGAGGAUUUAAUUAAAGAUUUACCAGACAGGCCAGGAUUUAAGGUAUUUCUACAUUACCGGAACAGUAUUGCAUCCAGAGAUCUGUCUUUAUUUAUGUUAAUGGUUUGUUUUAAAAAAUUAAUUUUGUUUUUAUCUGGAAAAAAAAAGUCUAAAUUAUUUAGUUGUUCAAGGAUAAAACUCUUUAAUAAAAAAUCUUUUAAAACUCAUUUUCUAAUAAUAGUGAAAAUUGGAACCAUUGUAAUAUGACCUAACCCUACCACUACCAGCCCUGAGACACUGAACCUUACUGUCCCCUAUCCCUGGACUCCUGAGCAUCAAAGAGAAAAAUACCAAUAUGAUAUAGAAGAAAAAACAACAUAAAAAAUAUAGAAAAAUGUUAGUUACAUGCAAACAAGUGGUUAGAUUAAGAUGGAGCUUGGAGACUUUGUAGAAAAUAGGUCUACCUUUCAUCUAGCACUUAUAUUCCAUGAUAUUCCAUGAUAUUCCAUCUUUGUGUGCCAAUCCACCCAGCAGGAUAAGCCUUGUUUCACAAUGAGGUACUUCUUGCAAAGUGAGCACCACAUGUUGCCCUUCACCUUCUUGGAAGAAUUGUCUUUGUAAGACACUCCAGGAUUGUGCUUGUUGUAUCUGGAGUGCUUUUCCAUUCACACAAUACAGAUCUGAUUAGUCGAUAUGCCACUUGAACUGGAAACAUAUUCUUGAUGAAAUUCUGACUCCUCAAAGUCUGAACCAACCAAAAUAUCUAUCACCUGUUGGACUGUGUUUAGUCAAGACCUAUUCACUUUCCUGUUGUAGUACUUGGUUCAUCAGCCGCUUGUUUCAUUGUGAAUUUUCAGAAUUUUUUCUAUUCAAACCACACAAAGUCAAUUCAAACUCAUGGGGGCAGACAUUUGCAAUAGAUUGGUUCAUUAUUUUUAGUUUUUGACACAUUUUUUUCACAUAGUAGGCAAAGUACCAAAAAUUAUGUACAGCGAUAUCGAGGCAGAUUCGGAAAUUGCAGAAAAAGCGAUACAGCAGUCUGGUAGGGUUAAAAAUGUAAAUUGUUAAUGAAGAGAUAAAUAAUAAAAUAAAUAAAUACACAGGAGGUCCUCAUUUUACAAUGUUUUUAAUGUUACAGAGGUUGUUAUGACUACUUUACUACUUUUUUCAGUCCUAUUUUCUCAUGGAAAUCUUCUUCUUCUAUAUAUUAAGGGCCCAUGAAAAAUUUAUUGAUCAUUCUGGCUCCUAUGCAUGUAGAGGGGACUUGGAAUGUUUCUGUGCCUGGUGUUGAUGAAGAUAUUUCACUGGUGGCAAGGGCUACUUAGUGAGGGUAUCAUGCACUGGGGGUUUGGAAGGCCUGAGUAAGGUGUUGUGAUUAGUCCCUGAUUGUUUUUGGCAGGAAUGAGCAGUUCUGGCUAAUCUGGCCGCCGCAGACAGUAAGUACAGUACCACGGCACUCCAGAAUUUUCAGCAUGCUGGUUGUAAUAAGCUGUGUCGAUGCUUUGGCAUUGACUAUGGAACCAUUGCCCACAUUGUUUACAGGCAAUGCCUCUGUCCUCCCACCGUACAGCAAGAUCACAUGUUCCGCAGACCAUGAUGACUGGCAUUUGGAACAUGAGGGUGUAUGCAAGGGAGGACAGCCAGCACUUGUAGAGGUGUUCGGACCAGAGUUGGAUUGAGAAGAGAGACCGAUGGACAUCAAGCAUGCACUUUGUUUUAGUCGUAUGACUGUGUAUCACAGUGCACGACAAAGCAUGCAUUUUAGAUCAUUUAAAAAAGCUGCCAUCUUACAGAAUAAAGUUACUAAGAGGCAUAGCCCUCUUGUAAUAGAGAUGGAGGGCUUAUUGAUGAUCUGGAAAAAAUAAAAAUCAGCGCCAUUUACUGAUACGCAUAAGUCUGAUUUUGGAAAAAUCGCAUAUCUACAAAUAUCUAAGAAAACAAAGUGGCAGCGAAGAUGUAUAUACAAAUACGUAGUUUUCGUGUCAGUAGGAUGCUUAGCAGAUUACGUUGGAUUUCAAGUUAAAUUGCAGUAACAGACAUUUAUAUAUUAACUGAAAAGUCGAUGGUUCCUUUGUUCUCAUAUCACUUUAUUAGUGCCCCCCCCUUGAACUGAGACCCCAAGUUUGGAAACUCUACUAUGCAGUUUUGUGGGUGGUCACUUUAAUCUAUUCUAUGUUGUUGUUUUUUGGUUUUUUUUGUAUAUAAAUAUUUUUCAAGUUCUAUUAAUUUAUGUUUGUUUUUAAACAGGAGGUACUCGAUAAUGUAAUUGUCAUCUAUGGUUACAACAAAGACAAUCCUCUUGAUAAAGUCAGACAUGUUUUGAAGAUGUUGUCAAAUAACUGUGGUGGGAAGGUCAUAUCCAUAGGACCCUUGUUUGCCAUACUCAAAUUUGAUACACAACAGCUGGCAGAUAGGUGAGUUGCCUUAUUUUUGAAAAGUUUUUAAAAUAUACCUAUGCUAAUAUAUCUCAUGGCUAAAAUGUCAUUUUUAUUAUUUUCUAAUUUUGUGUUUUUUUUGUUUUAAAUGCAUCAAAUGUAAAAACAUAACUAAUUUAUAUCAAUUAUUAGUCUUCAUUAGAUACUGUUCCAAGCUUUAUUUUUGUUUAACAACUAAAGUUUAACCCCUUUGUUUUUUAAACACUUAUGAAGACUUCUGCUAAUAGAGACACAUGUUCAAAAUAAUUUUUUUUUCUUCUUUACAUACUUUGUUCCUGUAUUAUUCUUAACAAAUUUUUCCUGUAUUACUUUUUUUGUGUAUAUUUUUUAAUGUUUCAUUUUACUUAAAUGUAAAAAAAAUAAAUCUUAUUGACCCUUGUAAGGUGGGGUUGAGAAAGUGAGUGAGUUUAAGUUCACUGACUUCAGGUGCUGGUAUGACCUUGACCAUGUGACAUUCUUUGGAUCCUUUUUUUUCUGUGCUUUGUGAUUCAUUUCAUUACUGAAGAUAACAGGUUUGAAUACACUACUACUUGUUAUGUCAGAACAUAAGUGUUUCAUAGUUGUAGAUGUAAUUGUUUUUACAACACAAGGAUUUUCUUAUAUGGGAUUUGAUCAGUGUGAAUUAGAAAGUGAGUAAUAAGAAGUAUAAACAUCACAGUUGUCAUAAAUAUUUAUUUAAACAAAAAUAAAGUCAUGUAUGUUUUAGUUGAAUUUCUUCACCAUUUAAGAGAGCUGAUGGCACCAUUCACUUGUGUAUUAUAUUUUGCCUUGUGUAAUUGCUUGAGUGUUCUCUGAAAUUCAUUGAUUUUACUGUUAACUAAUGCUGAAGCAUGUACAGAGAUUAAGCACCCAUAAUGCUUAUCCCUAAAUAUUUUGACUUUCGUAAAAGAGCUUGGUCUGUUUAACAGAUGCUUCUCAGAAGAUGUGACCAAUCUAGAAAUUAAUAGAAUGGAAUGUUUUGCAAGUUGGUGUGCACCAGACAACCUCACUGACAGUAACCAUGGUUGUUUAUCUGUAACCAUGGGGGGUAUAUCAGUGACCUACCUUGUUUGCUGUCAGAUGCUUUGCUAGUAAUUUAAGUGUUUUAAAAAAAUUAGUAACGCCAUCUUUCACAAUGAGAGUAUGAACCUGUCACCCAAAAAGCGAAAGAAUAUCUACUGCUUUGUACAAGAGUUAGAAAAAGUUCAAGAUCUCUUCUACAUAAGCUCACAGCAAUAAGAAAAUAGUAGAAAUACAGGGAAACAGAAACAUUAGUAGUAUAGUAUUUGAUUAAUACCAUAUGGAGAUAUGGUGCCAAACAGUUGAAUAAAUUUAUUUUCCAUUUUAACCCGCUCUGGUGUGUUACGGCAUGCAAUAUAACUUAAAAAACAAGUGGCAUUUACAAACUCAAGAAAACUAUGAAAAUACAAAAACAAUGGAAAAAGUGGCCAAAAAUUAAUAACUUAAAGGAAUAAUGAAAACCCAACUUACGGUUUCAUAGAAUACACUUUUACACACUUUAUUUCAGGUUCCACCGAAAAGAAUAUCCAGAAAAUGAAUAAAACACAAUGACUUUCUAUGGCCCCGAUUCAUUUAAAAGAUGGCGGAACAAAUAAAACAUUAGAAUUAGCCAACAAUGAAGUUUUAAAAUUAUAAAUAAUUAACCAAUAAAAAUUUAAUUAUAACAUGCCAUUGUCAUAUUAUGGAAAAUGUAACUCUAUUAACAAAAAAAUAAGUGGGGGUGAAUCCAAAACAGAAUUUUAACAAAACACGUAAAUUAUGUCAUGGCUACAUCUCUUUGCAUUACCCUUUCUCUCAUAGGGAUUUUGUUUUUCCAGGACUGUCCUAGAAAAUGAGCUGGCUGGCAUUUUCCAAACAUAAUCAAAAUAUCUCUGACAAUUUUUGUCACUCUCCACCUCUGUCUUUGAUAUUCAAAAUUAUUUUUGGUAGAAAGUUGUGAAGACUCUUCAUAGUUAAUUGAUCUGAAAGAAUGAGUGAUCUUACAGUAUUUUUGUCCCUCAAGUCUAAAGAACACUAUUAGUUAAACAAAUUUAUGUUCUUAGCUUCAAUGCUCAUAUUGCUGAUCACCACAUGGAUUUAAUGCCUGAUUUCUUUUGCAUUCACCACAUUUCUUUGUUACAAUUGCUAGCUGUUGAGGCCUUGCAACAUUUUUUCUCAUGACUUAUUUUACUGGAGCUUAAUGUCAGGCCUAUGUACUCAAGUUUCAGUAGUUUUUGUCAUUUCCUGGGUAUUUAGUUACUUUCUAACAAUAACUUCAAUUGGUGAGAGAAGGUGCCAGUUUCUCUCCAUUCUCCUGCUUGCAAGUUCAGUCAAGUGGACAUUUUCGAGAACUUUACUUUCAAAGUUCUCAAAGACAGAUGUUAUAAUGCUGAAUUUUUGUGAAAUCUUCCAAAGCUAUAAUGCUGAAUUUUUGUGAAGUCUUCCAAAGCUGCUCUGGGUGUAGGCUGUCAAAAGCUUCCUUGAUGUUUACAGAUACCAUAUUGUUGACCACAGGUUUCUUUAUACUGGGUUAACAAUAAAACUACUAUUCAGAUUAUCAAUCCUAAAUGGUGCCCUAAUUUUUAAUCAGUGUUAUGAGCUUUUUAUUUAAAAACUUUCAAAUUGUACCUCUGAAUUAUUUUAAAGGUCAAUUUUAAAAAAAUCUCUUUUCAGGGCCAAAAAGAGGAUGAAUGGAGAGGAUGUAUUUGGUAGAAAAAUAACAGCUUGCGUACCAGAAGAGACUCCUUUCUGUAAUACUGUUAGAAGUGAGUUCAUUUUAGUGGUUAUUUAGAAAUAGUGUUGUUAAUUCCAUUUGCCUUACUCCGACUAUAUUCAAGGGAAAACUUCUAAGUUGUAAUAAAUUUUCAUUUUACAGAGUUGACUGCAUCUCAUUUGUCCAAGAGGCAGGAGAGCCCCUCCCCACAUCGAAGGCCAGGCAGGGAGCGAAAUAAUUCCCGUAGUUUUACUCCUGACUUUACUGAUGGUGGUGGCUUUAGUAAUGGUACAGGGCAUCAGAAGGCAUCAUACUCUUUUAAUGACAACCACUACAGUGAAUCUGAUGCUGUGAGUACAUUUAAUGUAAGGUUGCUGCCUUUAUCUUAAAAAUGUAAAAGAGCUGAGUUGUUUAACCAGAACACUUCCUACAAUUUUGUGGAUGUUUAAUUUAUUUAAGAUUUAAUUAUCUUUUAUUUAAAGCCAUUUUUUUCAAAUUGUUUAACUGACUUGAAAUAUUCAAUGCUGAAGAAUCUCAUUUUAGUAUUAAGAUUUUAAAAGGUAUUAAUUUUAAAUGCCAUCUUUAAACUUAUUUCAGAGCAAGAUGAAAUUCUCAGACUACCAUUUUUCAUCAGCAACCACAUUUGAUUCAAAAGCAUUUAAAACUCCUGGGGGGCCAGUGGGUCAGCACCAAGGAAGGUCCAGCAGUCCAGCCAACCAAAGCAACAGCCCUAACCAUACACAUACCCUACCUAAUUCUAAUUCUGAGAAGUUUUAUAGUAUUAAGUCCAGGCCACCAUCUCUAGAAAAUUCACCUUUUAAUGUGGGCACAAAUGCACCUAUGCCUACAGCAAGUUCUAUUGCCAAUGUUAAUAUAAACUCUGGGUCUAAUAAAUCCUAUGUAUUGGGAGAUUUGAGUAAGGCUGCAAGUGGAGGUGGGACCAUUACAGUAUUUAAAUCUGCUGAGACUGCAAGACGUUUGGCUGAUAUACCAAUACCUUCAUUUGGCUUUAGAGACAUUCCACCACCUUCCAUGCCUUCAAACAAUAACAAUUAUACAUUAGACCCAAAUGCAACUUCAUUUGAUCCUAUAAAGGUAAGAUUUUUACAACUCUUUAAUCCAUAUCUUUUAACGUAAUUUUAAUAAUUAAAAGAUAUUUCCAUUUAUUAUUUCAAUGAACCUUGGCAUGCAUAUAAAUGUUAUUAAUUACUACAGAAUUAAAUCUUAAAGUAUUAAAUUCAUUGCUUGUUACAAUUAUCUGAUUAUAGCUGUCAUUAUAUGAGCUCAACUUGUCUUUCAGUUGAUUGAAAGUACUUCCAAAGAUAGUGCCACUUACAUGAUGUCCUCAUCUAACAACUUUGAGCCACCACCCCAUCCAGAUUCCCAGCAAUCAGUAUCGAAGUAUGGAGAUCAAACAAAUUCUACUGCAUCCAACAGUGGCUUAAAUACAUCUCAGGGUUCAGCUUUCACCAAACUACAACCAGCAACUCCAAACAUUUAUCAAAUGCAACAAAAACCUGCAUAUAAUCACACUCAGCAUCACCCUAGAAGCAUGUCAGUGCCAGCACAUCAUCUCAUUGUUGGUAAAGAUAGGUUGACUGUUGAGGAUGAGAUUUGCCUGAUGCAUGGCUACCCACCAUCAAGUGCCUUCCGCAGUCACUCACAGAAUACUGGCACUUUUAAGAAACCAAAAUCUCCUCAAAAGACCUCAAAGUAAUUUAAUUUUGCUUUCAAUAUCUAGGAAAAUAUUUUAAUUUAUUUAAUUUAUUAUUAGCUAGUCAGUGAAUAACGUUAGUUUUUUUCAACUAAUGGGUCUUCCACUCUUGAUUUGCUUCUUAAACAUGUUACAUUUAGGUGUUUGCACUAAAAAAAAUUUAAUAAAAGAUUUUUUAAAUUAAAAUUCCACAACUAGAAUUUGUUAGUUAUUCAUGGAAUAUCAAAUCUUGUUUACACUACUAACUUUUUGGUCUAUUUUUCAUUUUAGCGGCAAACAAAAUUCAAAUGGUUGCCUUCGACAAAUGAGUCCAAGGCUUUUUUCUAGCUCAAAUUCUAGCAACACCAAAGAGAUAUCACGUCAGAGUUUUUCAUCAGAUGGAGAAGAUAGGUAAUUUGUGUUUUUCAUUAAUAAAGUAGUAUCAUAAUAUCCAAUGCAAAUUGACGGUAUAAAUUUAUUUUAACAAUCCAAGACUGCCUAGGUUCUUAUAUAUCAUUGUAGGGUCAUAAUGUUACAAUUUAUUUGAAAUUAAAUUGAAAAAACCUCAGCUUUUUUUUAAAAUAACUGAAAUAAAUGUAGUGAAACUGAAAAUAAUUAGAAAAAAACAUCCAAGCAAUUUUUUUUAUUACCUAUUUUUUCAUACCAUUUAUUAAGGUUUUUUCACAGUAUUUACUUUUACAAUGUAUGCAUAAUAGAAUUACUCUUAAUUGGAAUUUCAGACCCUUCAGUCCUUCCAACAACUUAUCUUGUAAUGUCAAGCCAGGAUUCAGACCACGACUGGCCUCUGCUCCUACAGUACAAGUACCUAAUCGCACUCCAUCACCAUUUUUUUGUCCAGCUCCACCUAGGCCUCGUCCUAAACAGUAUGGCAGUAACUUGUACCGUGUGCCAACUCCAGAUGAGAUUGGUGAACCUUCCACAGAUUAUACUAGUCCAAACUUCAACCCUGACAGAGAUCCAUUUGUGGAACUCAUUGUUUCCAACCUGGACUACAACAUUCACCCAAGGGAAUGGAGAAAGAUUAUUUAUGCUACAUUUUUUCCUCAUGUUAAAGUGAGUUUUUAAAUUGCAUUAGAAGUUAAACAUUAUCUCAAAAGUUAGCCCAAAAGCUAGGAAUAUUUUAAUUUCUUUUCAUUUUACCCUUUCUUUUCUCACUCACCAGUAAUUUUUUUUUAAAAAAUGGUUUCUUAAACAAAAUUUGUCAGUUAAAAUUUUUGUUUAUAACGCUAGUUUCAUUGUGCAUUGUACUUUUUGUGUCCUAUUUUAUAUUUAUACGUAAUUGUACUGACCCAGAUUUUGAGCAUUCAUGUCAGACUCCAAGCUGACAAUACAUCGGUGGCUACUGUACGGCUAGGAUCAGAGUCAGAUGCCAGGUUUGCCAUAUCACAGUUUCAUCGUCGGAAAAUAGGCUACAAGAGAAUUAAUGUGCAGUUCAAGACCGAUAUUUCCCAAUCUCCAGCUGAUAGUUUAAGGCAAGUCAAUGCUAUACUUUUUUAAUCAUUUUAAAAGCUAAAAAUUUUAACUUAAAAAAUUUUCUGAAGUUAAAUGUUUUAUUUUAUUCUCCAGGGCUGACACUAUUGCACUUCUUAUGGAGGCUAAGGAAAAUAAGAUGGCAUUAUCACGACUCAUUGAUCUUUUUGAUAAGCGGUAUGUAAGAUUUAUUCAAAACGUAAUUAAUUUGCUAUUAAAUUGUUUUUUUUAUUUAAAUGCCAUCAUUAAUUUUAUUUUCCCUUGAAAGAUUUCAUAAAGCGGUCAGCGUAUCUGACAUAUACAAGAUGAGGGAUACUAUACAGAUUCUCGAGACAGGAGGUGCUGGCAGAUGGGUAAAAUUACAUCCGGGGAUUCGAAGGUCUCCUACACCUAUUUUGGGCUUUGACGGAGAGGUAAAAACAAGUUAAUUCUAAUAUACAGUUUACAUUUACGCCAAGAAUAUUUUUGUUUCAUCGGUUAUAUAUUAAGGUUAAUGUGUCAAAGUUAUCUAUCUACAAAUCCUUAUUUUAUAUUUCCAGCCAAGUGAAGUUUUAGAACAACCUGUAUGCCCAAUUCAUUGUUCUGAGGGAAGCGUCUUCUAUGUUGAGGCACUCAAUGCUUACAUGCUGCCAAAUGUUCAGAUGCUGAGGAAACAUUUUGCUCCACAGCUUCACUCCCUUCUGCUCUCCCACAAUGGAUACAUUCCUUUAAUGAGGUCCGUUAAGUUUGAGAUAAAUUUCAUUCAAAAAAGAUUAAAUAAUAGAAUUUCAAAUAGUGGCUUCAUUAACUGGGUAUUUUUAAAUGCAAUUUUUUAAAAAUUUUGUCAAAUUUUAGAAUCUUAUAUUCAAAAGGUGCAUAAGAACGGUGGCGUAGCUUGGAUUUUUUCGCGCCCCCCCGCCCCCCCCCCCCCAACCUCCUAUUUCCACGGGGGAAAAACUGCAGUGCUGCUCCUUAGUUAUAAGGGUUAAAGUGCCACCUCCGCACCCCCUUUCCUACACACCUGAUAAGGCACACUUCCUUUUUACUUACAAUUUCUAGAAUAAGAAAUUUAUAAACCCUUCAGUAUCCAUUUUAGGGGGUGUCUGUACAAAAUAUUUCUUCACAAAUGUAGGAUUCUUUAUGAACAGAAGGCACUGAAAUGUUAAAAAGUCAUUUUAUACAAUUACAUUAUGGAAAGUAUUGAUGGAAUAACCAUUGUUUCAGCUUUCCUGCUUGCUAUGCUGCCGAGUUUAAACCUCUUGAGCCUUGCAAUGAUGAUGGCAUACCACUGGAACAUGUCAUCAGCUGUGUGCCAGGGGUGGAGAUAACUGUUUCAAAGAUUGGGGUUAAAGUUAUACAGUUUCAGGAAAAUAGGGAACAGUUUUAUGGUGAGAACAAAACUGAUUGCUAAGUUUCUAAAAUAUGAAUGUUUGAUUUUAUUAACGAAGACUUUUAUUUACAAUUGUUAAAGGUUGCAACAAAAUAUUGUAUUAGAAUAAUAAAAUGUAGGCAUUUUCCUGUGUUUCAGAUAUGAUGAAAGGAAGUGCAUGGCAGGAACUUGGAAAGAUCAGUCGUGAAGUGAUGGAAUUGUUACGCCAACAACCCACCUGCAGCAUGCCUGUGUCCAGGUUCAUCCCUGCUUACCACCAGUACUUUGGUAGACAGUGUCGAGUGGCAGAUUACGGCUAUACCAAGUUGCAAGAACUGUUUGAAGCAAUACCUCAUGCUAUACAGGUCUGAUGAUCUAUCCUAAAUGGCCAGUUUUGAUAGAUUAGAUCUUUGAAUCAAACUUAUUUUGGAAAAAUCCUUCAUUUAAAUUUUUUGAAUCUGUAACUGUAAGAUACACAUUAGUUUUUUUUUAAAUGGGGCAUUUUUUAAAAUGCAGAAUUUAACUUGAUCAUGUGUUAAUUUGAUGCAGUCAUGUAUAGCAGACGUCUUCUCAUAUCUGUUAAAACUUCAAAACUUUGGAAAUAUUGUACCAUUUAAAAUGCUUCUUUGACAUUUAACAAUUUAAAAUGUUUCCCGGGCAUUUAAAUUUCCCCCUCAGAUCUUAGGUACAGGGGACAGAAAAGCCAUCACCUUGAGCCCACGUGCACAGUUGAAGAGGUUUACCACCGACAUUCUUAAAGUGGUGAAAGCUCAACCUGCCAAACAAAUUAUGCUAGAUACAUUUCCCAUUGCCUAUGGUAUGUGUUUUUAAAAAUUUAAUCAACUAAAACAAUUUUAAUAUAUUUAACAUGACAUAAGUUGUAUUUUUAUCAUUAAUUUACUCAUUCAAGAAAUAAAUCUAAGAAUUUUAACAUGUUCAGUUUCCUUUUGGAAUCUAGCAGUUUUUUAUUCCUGCAUUGGGUUGUGUGUUCUGUGAUGUCAGUUAUGGGGUUGAUUAAAAACAAACAUUGAAAUCUUCUGUUAAUUUCAGAGAAAGUCAUAGAAAAACCACUAUAUCUACCUCACUAUGGAGUCUGCUUUAUGGAAGAUGUUUUGAUGGACAUACCAACCACAACUUUAAUUGUAAGAAAUGCUUAUUUAAAUCACUGAUUUGAAACACUUAUUCAGAGACUAACAACAGUAUCGAACACGCUUUAUGUAAGGUUUUUUUUUUCAUUUUCAGUUUUAAUAAUUUGUCUUAAGAGUGUUUUAAGAAUUCUUUAAAGUUAAAAUAAAUAUCUGUCUUAUCUUUAGGUUAUUGAAGAGGGUAAUCAUACUCUACUUGCCUUACCAAGAAGAGGUAAGAUAUAUAUAAAGUUAGUCUCCAUUGCUUAAGGUAGUGUUCAUAAACUUUAAGUCAAUGGAUACAGAUGGGGAACUCCACACUCCCACUUUGUAGAAAACCUUUUUCCCUGAGCUGCCUUGCUGGAAUGUUUUUUCCCAAGGCUAUAAAAUACAGAAUAAAUCUUGUCUAGGGCAUACAAUUAAACAAAAAUUAUGUAUUUUAUUAUAAACAUUGCUUAAACCUCAACAUAUACUUUCUUUGCAAGUAUUAAGUGUCUAAUAAAUGUUAAAUUCCUGAAUUUAGUACACCCUGCUACUUGAUGUUUCAGACCAAACCUCAGAAGAAGUGGAGCGGACCAAACAGUUUGCUCUUGAAGUUGUAGACCUGCUCAAACACAAGCCAGAAUGUCGAAUGCCUUUCAAUAAGUUUAUACCAGCCUAUCAUCACCACUUUGGUCGGCAGUGCCGUGUUGCUGACUAUGGCUUUGGAAAACUUGGAGACUUGUUUGAAGCUAUCAGCCACAUAGUUGAGGUAGGGAGAAACUUAAUGUUUUACUCCCUGAAUCUAAAUGACAAACUUAAUCCCUGCAUCUAAAUGAAAACUAUACUCCAUCCAUAAACGACAUAUGCUGUAGUGCAUACCUCUUGACAAUUUUUGUUGAAUCCUUGAACUAUCAUGAUGGCUAGUUUUUAUUAAUCAAAUUUUCUGGUAUAUCAGGAACUGUAGUUUCUAUAUAGUGUUUUUAGGUUUAUUAUUCGCCUCCAUGCGCAAACCCCAAGCUGGUGUAAGUCUCUUCUCUACAUCAUCAAUCCUUCUAAAUCUUGAUCUACCGGUGAGCCAUCAGCCGCUAGGUUUCUGCCUGUAGAACCUUUUUGUUGCUCUACAAUCCGGUAUCCUUUCAAUAUGUCCUGUCCAACACAGUCUGCCUUUUUUUUCAUUGUUGGGACUGUGGGUGGGUGUACAAUUGAUAUAGCUCUUGGUUUGUACAGAUUCUCCAAAUAUCAUUGUCUAUCACUGAGCCAUAUAUUUUCCUCUCCCAUGUAUUGAGCAGAUUCUCUGCUUUUCUGGUUAGGGACCAAGUCUCGUUAGCGUAAGUUACUAAUGGUCUUAUGAUAGUGGUAUAUAUUGUCUUCUUUGUUCCCCUUGAGAUGUUAUCUUUGCAUAUAAUAUUCCUAAUGGGCAGAUGAUUAUGUGGUGUUUUAUUUCUAUUAGAUUGAAGAAGAAGGAGAAGAGCGUCUUAUCCACUUGAGUCCUGCUGAAUUAAGGAAAGUGUUGUGUGAACAACUAACAGCUCUCAUUCGUCCAUCUGGUGCCAUACCUAUCAAUAGAAUUCUGACAGAGUAUGCCUCUCACUUUGGCUUCUGCUUGAAACUUGAUGAUUUUAGAGUGGACUCUGUCAAAUCUCUGUUAUUGAAACUGAAAUCUCAUAUCAAGGUGAGCUAUGCAUUAGUUCUCAUUUUGUCACAGCAUAAUUUAUCAAAAAUUGCUCUUAAAGUUAUAACAUUAUCAUGAUUCACAUCCAGAAGCCAUUUGGGCAUGUGCCAGAGGUAAUGGUGAAGAAUUUAUUUGCAACAAAAUAGUCACCAUUAGCAGCAUUUUCAAAUUUGUAGACUUGAAAAACUAUUUUUAAUAUUUGGCUAUUUUUUUUAAAAAUCCAAUUAUAGCUUUUUAAAAUCAUUUUAGGAUUUGGUCAAAUUUCCUCCAUUUAUGUAGUAGAGCAGGGGUCUCAAACUCAAAUUAUCCGGGGGCCGCAGGAGGUAAAGUCUGAGUGAGACUGGGUUGCUUCCAGUAUUCCACACAAAAAGCGGUGACAAAUUCAAUAAACUUUUACAAUCUGCUCAACCUUUAGAAAUAACAAAUUAAAAAAAUUGAGGGUUCUCGAGAACUAGGCUUCACUUACUUCCAACUCCUUGUUGCCAGAGACCUGGCGGUGCUUCUUCUUAUACAGCUGAGCGGGCAACAUUAACACUGAACUUUGCUGUCAGCUAUCGUGCCGAAAAAUAUUGCUGUGCGGGACGCAAAUAGCCCGCACGCGCUGAGUUUGAGACCCCUGUAGUAGAGGAAACUAUUAUGAUUAUAAAUCUUUGUUCUUUGACAAUCACCCACAUAUUUAUGUUCUUUGACAAUCACCCACAUAUUUAUAGUUCAAGUUUCCCCUAAUUUACAUUGUUGAAAAGUUUGAUUACAAAUGUUCAGAUUGAAACUCGUAAUGGCCAGGAGUGUGCCUGCUUAGUAAGAGAGCUUCAUAUUCCACAACUUGGUUUAGAAGUUAUGCAAAUUUUGAUGGAUGAAUCUGGUGGUAGUCUGCCUUUAAUGGAACUUUGCAUGCGCUAUGAAUCACUCUUUGGUGUUUGCUGUAAUGUGGAUCAGAUAAGAGAUGAGUUAUCUGACUAUAUGCAGGUAAGUAAAAGUGUUAGCAGUUCAUUGGUUUUGUUAUUAGUUAUUAGGUCUCAUUAGUUCUGUAAUAAUUUUUUGAUAAUAUUUUAGCAAAUAAAGAUAUAAGACAGCCGAAGGAUUGCAUUAUGAGAAUUAAAAGAAAUUAAUUUUUUUAAUUUAUGGGACGAUAAAGUAUAUAUUUGAUCAUAAUUACUUAAUGAAUACUCUAUCCAUUUUCAGAUUGAUGAAGAGGAAGGUGAAAAUGGAGGUGUGAUAAGACUUACAACACAACAGAUGUUGGCUAGAAAUCUGCGUCUGCUGCUGCUCCACAGGGACCGUAUCACAAUGAGUGAACUUUCUUCUCUGUACAAACAUCAAUAUGGGGUGGAGCUUACCCCUGCACUCUACGGAUUUCAAACACUUUAUCAACUACUAUUGUCUUUCCCCCAUAUUUUAGAGGUUAAAGGCAAACCUACACAGAAGUUCAUCAUCCUAUCUGGCAUGCUUGCCACACCAGGUCAGUUGGCUAACAAUUUAUUUGCUGAGGUCAAUUACCUUUGUAUAAACACCCUUUUCUGUUUUUUCCAGAGAAGGUGUAUGUCACUUGUGGCCACCUCCGUAUCCGCCAUGUUUUGCUGUCCGUCGUCGUGGGCUUUCUUUAUCAAAUUGAGCCUCUAUUUAUUUUUAAAGUUUUUGAAAUAAAGGAAUUUAAUUUUUUAUAAACAUUUUGAUAUCAAUUGAAUCUAUCCUUUCAUUCUCAUUAAGGAAUAGCAAUAAAUCUAAUAAGCCUAAAAGCUUUAAUAAUUUAUAUUUUCUUGCUUUCAAGGUGUGCAUUCAUUGUUAUUGCUAUUUUAGGUACUCUACCUCCAGCUAGAGUUGAUGUGACAUCACCAACACAGUUUAACUCUUCCAAUUACCAGCACGGUAAGAGAUGGGCUGAUCAAAUGAUUUGCCGAUCAAAUGAUUUGCCUGAAAUAAACACACCUUGGGUUAAAUCUCAAUGGCUCAAUGCUUGUUAAAAAGAUAAAUUUAGGUGUGUUGAAAACAUGACAAACCUAGACACACAAAUAUACAAUUAUAUUGAUAUGUCAUCUGUACAUGGUAGUUGUCAAGUAUUUUGUCUAAUUUAGAUCCCAGUGUGUCAACAAGCUCUCCUCCUGGUGCCAAUAAAACUCCAGCUUCUGAAUUAUUACGACAUGCCUCCCAACUUUGGGACUUCAGCAUUGCACAGCAAGUAUGUUUUUUACUUUUUCUUCUGUCAACUGUUAUUAGUGUAAGCAAGUGUAUGUAUUACUUUAUCUUGACAAACCUGUGAACUCUUAGUUAGAUGGUUGGUGUUCUGAAUAGAUGGUUUCACUUAAACUUAAGAAUUCAGGGCUUACAAGAAUGUUUUUCUGAUCUGGGGGAUUUUUUAAAGUCUUUUUGGACUACCACAAGAGAAUAUUAUUUAACAAAUGCAUGCCCUUAUUUUUUAAAUUUGAAUGGUCACAAAGCGAAAGCAACUAUCCCAUAACUAUUUUCAAUAUACCUUUAACGGCAAUGCGAUACAAAAAGGAAUAUUUAUAUACAUACUGCAAAGUCAUAUUUUAAACUGGUGAGUGAUGAAAGGUACAUAAGGUGUUGAUAUUGGUUUUAUUUCAGAGUCCUAGUGGUCCUACAGAUGCCUCCAAUUCCUCCAGCGAUCCAAGUGCAGCUCCUAUGUCCUGUACACGAAUUAUGGAAAUUUUGAGCAAUGCUAUGUCAUCAUCCUCAGUCGCUAGUAAACAAAUCCCAUCCACGGAUAUCUCACCAAAUGGUAUCCCAGUAGCUUGGCAGAUGAGAGCAGGAGGGGACAAGGUAAUUUUUAUAUACUUGUGAUAGUGUUGCAUGUCUCAAAGGUUUCUUUACUUCAAAAAUAUUUUUUUUAAACUCCACAAUUUUGUAUUGGCAAUAAUCAUUUCAAAGUUAUUUUUUGUUAGAAAGUAUUUCAUUUUUUUUCUGUUAUUGCAUUUAGAAAAGAUUUAUUUUGGAAAAUAAUACUAUUAGGCUGGGUAAAUUAUUUCAUUACCAGUCAGAAGAUGCAAGAUAGAAAGGUCAGUCCUAUGAUAAAUAAAGCUUCAUUUUUUUUAUUCUAGGUUUUCAGUGGCAACAUUGGGAAUAGUUUUCACAGCCAAGACCCUCGGUCACCUAACAACACGCACCUAGAAUCUGACAAUGCUGUUAGUGGCAUUGAAGUUUUGACCAUUUCUCAACAACCAGAAAUCAGAAACCAUGAGACAUCAGAACAAGAUCAACUCUUCCAGGAAAACCUGAGAGAAGACCAUGAGCUGUUCUCACCUUCCAACCAACCUUUGGAUACAAGCUCCACUAACUCACAGCUCAACUCAUCGGAAAGCUCUUCAAGCUCCCCAGUCAAGCGUAGACCACGCAUUGCAGCUAAUUUCAACAUGGCUUCUUCAAAGGCAGAUAAUGUCUAAUCGACAUCUUAGUUUAAUGUUGGCAUGUGACUUUUCCCCAUCACAAGAUCAGUGAAGAAAUCUUAGUUUCAAACGGAGUUAUUUGGUUGUAAACAAUUCUGAAUUUCUUGAGAUGAUAUCAUUGGGUUAUUGUCAUAAAGACCAUAAUUAGCUAAGUAAGCUGAGUGGAAUAGCUGUAACGGCCAUUGUUUCUCGUUAUAUUUUAUUGUCACUGUAUUAUCCUGGUACAUGGUUCCAUUAAGUCUUUCAUUGAAAAUUUACUUUUUUUAAAGUCUUAAUAAUAAAUUUCCCUUGGAACAUUACCCUAUAAAUGUAAUUAAAACAUUACAUUACUUAAGCCUAUUCAUGGCUGUACCAUUUUUAAAUAGCACUUAAUUUUGUUAAUUGUCCAAACUUUAGCCACUUAACUGAAAUGACUGAAAUGUCUACUUCAAACUUUACAAGGUAUUAAGCUGAUGCUUAACUGUCAUGUAACUCCUUGGGUGUUGUUUUCUAGUUGUUUGUAUUAGUAUUCAUUAUCACAGCUAUUUUAUGAAACUGAAUAGACUAGAUCUAAAACUCUAAACAUUUUUACAUUCAAUCCAAUCUUAGGCUGUUGGGUAGAUGUGUUAUGUGCUUGUUGCAUGAUGAAAAAGUUCUACUACUGCAAUUUUUGUGCUCAUUCAUUGGUUGAUGUUUUCCAAUGUCAUCAGUCUUGUAGAAUUUCUGUGAUAUUUUUGUAGCAUUGGUUUUAUGUGUUAAUAUCAGAAAAAUAAUUCAGUGGCCAUUGCUGUUUUUAUAAAAUUUUAUUCUACUUGAACUAAUUUUUUUUACUGUUUUUGUAUAUAGGCAAACAUUUCCCCGAUUUCUUUAUGGAUAUUUCAUUUUUUGGAAUCUUACACCAAGUGCUCUUGUUGCUGAAGAAUGCUGAACUUGUGCUUUUAUUGCCAGCAUAAUCAAUCAAGUUUCAUCAAUUUUAAUAAAUCAUUCCUAAUGGCAAAAAAAUAUUCAAAUGUAGAAAAAGUUUUGUAUUUCAGGGAAAUUUCUAGAAUGUGUAACUUCAAUAAAUUUUCUCCUUUAGUGAUUUUCACCAUAACAGAAUAAAAUGUUUUACAGUUUUCCUCUUAUAAAAAUAAAAAAUUUUUAAGUGACAAAUUCCCCCUCCCCCGCCUUCCCCCUCUCAAUUGCAUAUUUGAGAGAUUUAACAAGUCCGUUGUAGCCAUGGAUUUGUGCAAUAGUAAUGUAUAUUUAAAAUAAAUGACACUUAUAUACAUUGGAGAGUUACAUAAUUGGUGCCAAUGGUUUAUUUACAUGAUUCAUGCUGUCAGAAGAUGCAAUAAACUGGAUUCUACUGGUUAUAUAUUCAACUCUGUUUCUGCCAUACAUGACAUUUUUAAUUAGUUGUCUGUAAUCUGUUUCCACUGGGUGAUGCAAUGUUCAACAUUUUACAUAUUUUAUUUCAUUGUCAUUUAUUUCUUUUCAAAACAAAUUUUUAAAUUUCCAGGUGACAAGGAGGUACUUGAAUCAAGUAUAUUUUAUUUACAUAGAUGAAGAAAUGUGUGAUCUAGGAACAUAACCAUUAGUUAAUUAUUAAUUUUCUACUAGAUUCCUUGCAUUUAGGUCCACCCUUGAAAUUUGCUCAUGGCAGUCCCUGCCCUUGUUGUUUUAUUAAUGAAGUAAGUUUAAGCAUUGGUCCAGUGUACUGUUCUUUGUAUGACUAAGCCCAAUGCUGUGACCUGCUUUGACCGUCCACCUGUCUCUCUGGUUUGUUUCAGCCUGGUUAUUUGUUUUCUUCUGAAUGUGACAAACCAGUGAGCAGGGUUACAAGUGCUUCUACUCCUUGCUCAACACUGACAGAUGGGGUUUGCCUUUUCUUGUUGAAAAGUGCUGGUUGGUGGCUGCCCAUGAGGUUAGGUUGUAUGUACACUUGGUGUAUUUUGGCCACUCAUGACUGAAAGAAAAUUCCCAGGGUCUACACACGGACAUGUAACUCUUGGUUUUUUAUGAACUAUGCAAAGUUGAGCGUGGAAUAGAAAUGUAUGUCAUUUGAUCAAUGUAAUUGUAUGUUAUAAUUGUGUUUUUUUUUUAAAAAUCAAAUGUAAUGGUGAGCCAUUUUCACACAGCUUGAUUACAUUGUGGGUCAGCUUAAAAUGUGGAGAACAUUGUAGUGUUGGUCUGCUAUUGAAAUGAAUAGCUGUGUGAGAAUGAGCUUGGUAGAUAUUGAUGUAUUUCUUUUUCUGUCUAUGCUUCUCAUUGAUGACAGGGACUGCCAUGACUUUUGUACCAUCCUCGUAAACUUUCAAUUUUCACAAAUAUGAGAUUUCAUAAUGGUGUCAAAUCUCACUCAAAAAAUGUACGUGAGAAUUUUUAAUUUUUAAAAUCAGGUAUUGUGUGCAUAUUGCCAGCGCGCCACACAACUCUCGCUCACAACAACACACAUACAGUGACAGUAUUUGAAACAUAACAUGAGAACUUUCUGUUUAUAAUCUUUGUCAGUUCCAGUUGUAUUUGUUGGUGCUUCUUAUAUAGCCUUGUACAUGUUGGAGAUCUGGCCUCUGAGAUGGGAUAGAAUACAUCAGGCCUACGAGAUGGCUAGUUUCUUUGAACAUAAAAAGCCAUAAAAGCUGUUCAUUAUGCCCAGCUGCUUACUAUUCCAAAUCUUGGCUACAGCUCUUGCUUGGUCCAGUAUAGGAAAUAAGAAAUUUGUAGAAUGUCAUUCAUUUUUUCACCUCCUCUUACAGGCAGUAAUUAAUGGUACAAAUUAAUGUAUCAAUAAACCUUUGUCCAACUCUACUGCAAAGAAACUUUUUUUAAAAAUGUAGAUUUCUGGUCAGUUUGAAUAUCUUUCUAGGAUUGAUUUUCAUUUUUGAAACCUGGUCACAAAGGAUUGAGAAGGGUCUUCAGUUAUGUUAUAGAACUAAGAAUUUGAUUCCACAUAUUACUGGUUAUGUUGUCUUAUAGUUGUAUCUGUACCACCAUGCCUAUAUUUUGCAAUAAGAAUAUCGCAGUGCAAGCUAUGAAAUGUUCAAAAAUUUCGGAUGUGCUAUGGUUUCUAAGAGAAGAAACUUUUUGCCUUUUUACAGGGGCAGUAAAAAAAAAAAAACAUGAAUAAAUAAAAAAACAUUUGGUCGCUG